GGCGCGCGUACCGGCAGCAGCAGCACGACCACCCCUCGCGAGCUAGCUACAACCCCGCGCCAGCGGCGCCAUAUAUACGGGCCCCCGCGGCGCCGCGCCUCGGCAACAAGAGGGGAGAGAACGCUUGCUCCCUCGACGGAGCCAUGGGGCGGUCGCCGUGCUGCGAGAAGGCGCACACGAACAAGGGCGCGUGGACCAAGGAGGAGGACGAGCGGCUGGUGGCGUACAUCCGGGCGCACGGCGAGGGGUGCUGGCGCUCGCUGCCCAAGGCCGCGGGGCUGCUGCGAUGCGGCAAGAGCUGCCGGCUGCGCUGGAUGAACUACCUCCGCCCAGACCUCAAGCGCGGCAACUUCACCGACGACGAGGAUGAGGUCAUCAUCCGCCUGCACGCCAUCCUCGGAAACAAGUGGUCUCUUAUCGCCGGGCAGCUGCCGGGCCGGACGGACAACGAGAUCAAGAACUACUGGAACACGCACAUCAAGCGCAAGCUCCUAGCCCGCGGCAUCGACCCGCAGACGCACCGCCCGCUCGGCAGCGCCGCCGCGGCGGCGGCGGCUCCCGGCGUCGCGGCGCACCGGGCGCCGGCGCUGCUGCACCCCGCGACCGCCGUCCCGGCCCUCGCAGCCGCGAAGCCGUCGCCGGCGGCGUCGUCAUCGGACGACGGCGCGCGCAGCAGCAGUACCAGCACCAGCACGGGGAAGGCGCGGUGCCCCGACCUGAACCUGGACCUGUCCGUGGGCUUGCCGCCGGCGGCCGACACGCCCAGCUCGCAGCCGGUGUGCCUGUGCUACCGCCUGGGGCUCCGCGCCGGGGAGGCCUGCGGCUGCCAGGCUGACAAGCCGGGCCCGCAGGGGUUCAGAUAUUUCAGGCCGUUGGAGCAAGGCCAGUACAUAUGAGGGAGUGUUUAGAUAGCUUCACGGCAGUUUGUAAGGCAGCCAGUUUUCUGAAGCAGCGGACAGCAAUGUUCGAGAAAGAGAAAAGAAAAAGGAGGUCGAAAGAUCUCUGGUCUUGACGUAAUGCUUCUUCCUUGUCGUUCAAAAUUCACAAAUCACAAUCUCUCCCUCUCAUCUGGUUGUUUGAAAUUACCACUUCAAAUCAAGGUGCUUCUUCCUGGA